AUGAAUGUCAGUAAAAUGGACAUGAAUCACAGCCGUCAUGGCAAUCAAAGAACAAGUUCGGGCUCCCAUGACGAUCAUCACAAAAAUAAUGAACGUGGUGAUAAGGAGAGGAGGUCAUCUCAUUACGAAGAGAAGAAGUCAUCUUAUGAUGAAGAGAAGAAGUCAUCUUACGAUGAAGAGAGGAGGUCAUCUUAUGAUGAAGCAAGGAGGUCAUCUUAUUAUGAAGAGAAGAGGUCAUCUUAUGAUGUAGAGAAGAGGUCAUCUUAUGAUGAAACAAGGAGGUCAUCUUAUUAUGAAGAGAAGAAGUCAUCUUAUUAUGAAGAGAAAAAGUCAUCUUAUGAUGAAGAGAAGAGGUCAUUUCACAGUGAGAAGAGCAAGAGAACAGCGUCAUGGAAGGAGAAAAGAUCAUUUGAUGAUGAAGAACGCCGGAGAAGACGACAUUCCAGCUCCAGUGAAGGUUCCAGUUCUCCAUUAAAAACAAAACAUCGUAGCAAACGCAGCAGACGUGACAAAUAUCGGGACACACGCGAGACUGCCAACAGUGAUACGCAAGACAGAUGUAGCCAUAAAGAUAAUAAUGAUUAUGAAAGACGUUCUCAUGUUAUGCAUGGAUCAACAAGUGAGCAAGGUAAAUAUUAUUCUAACAAUAAAUCAGAUUCUGAAGAAGUUGAUUCAGAAGAAGAGGUCAUGUUUGAGUGGGAGAACCACAAGUGGGAGUUGAAUCAAAUGUUCUUUAAGGAUAAUGACGUCAUACAGCGUGGCAGUGAACAGUACCAAGACUUCUUCAAGUUCCUCAAGAAAUACCAAACUCUAAAGAAGCAGAAAAAACUCAAAAGAAUUCUGGAUAAAAAUAUCAACAAAGAAAAACCUCGCGGUGACAAGACUGCUAAGUUGACUGAAAAGUUUGAAUUACCAACAAGAUUUGAUAACAAAUAUUUAGUAAAUUUUGGCUUCAAAGACGUAACUGUUGACUCUCUAAUUCGACGUUUGCCUCCGCGGGAUUUGGAAGACAAGAAGAAACGACUUUCUAGGAAGAGAAUCGAAGAGUUUAUCACGAUAAUACUUCUUUAUCUCAACUUCAACCAAAAAAAGAGCUUCGAGAAGUUGCAAAAGCUGCGCAAGUGUCAAAAAGAACUUCCGAUAGCAGGAUACAGAGACGCCAUCUUGCAGACCGUGGCAGACAACAGCAUCGUCAUCGUUGCUGGGGACACAGGCUGUGGCAAGUCCACUCAGGUGCCCCAGUACCUGAUGCAGGCAGGGUACAGCAGGGUGGCGUGUACACAGCCCCGACGUAUCGCCUGCAUCGCGCUCUGUAAGCGCGUGUCGCACGAGACGCUCAACGAGCACGGCGCGCAGGUCGGCUUCCAGAUCAGGUUCGAGCGGCGCACGUCAGACCGCACGAAGAUCGUGUUCCUGACGGAGGGCCUGCUCCUACGUCAGGUGAACUCUGAUGCCGCCCUCGCUGCCUACGACGUCAUCAUUCUAGACGAGAUCCACGAACGUCACCUACACACGGACUUCCUGCUGGGGGUGGUGAAAUGUUUACUCCUGCAGCGCAGCAGUCUUAAGAUAAUCCUAAUGUCGGCUACCAUCAACCUAGACCUCUUCAGUAAAUACUUCCUCGGUAAAGCCCCUGUGAUCCAAGUGCCUGGUAGACUAUACCCUAUCCAGCUCCAGUACUUCCCUAUCCCCAUGCUGGAAAUGACCACAAAAUCGGAUAAACUGAACCCAGCUCCAUACGUUCGGGUACUUCAACUCAUUGACAACAAAUACCCGGAAGACGAAAGAGGAGACGUGUUGAUUUUUCUCAGUGGAUUCAGCGAGAUCAGCACGGUCGUGGAGGCAGCGAAACUUUACGCCCAACAGACCAAACGUUGGAUCGUAAUGCCCCUACACUCAAACUUAUCCGUGGCAGACCAGGAACGUGUCUUUGACGUGCCUCCUGAAGGUGUCCGCAAGUGUGUCGUGUCCACAAACAUCGCUGAGACGUCGGUUACCAUCGAUGGAGUUCGGUUCGUGGUUGACUCCGGCAAGGUUAAGGAAAUGAGUUACGACGCUGCGUGUAAAAUGCAGAGACUUAAGGAGUUCUGGGUCAGCCAAGCCUCCGCGGAGCAGCGCAAAGGGCGAGCUGGACGAACAGGCCCCGGCGUUUGCUUCCGGCUGUACUCAGAGGAGCAGUACAGGAGCUUCGACGCGUACAGUACUCCAGAGAUCCAGCGCGUGCCCCUGGACUCCAUCGUGCUCCAGAUGAUCUCCAUGGGGCUGCCUGACGUGCGACUCUUCCCCUUCAUCCAGCCCCCCUCCAUGGAGAGCCUCGAGGCCUCCCUACGCUCCCUCAAGGGCCUUGCCGCCGUCACCAGUCUCGCUCUCGAAGCCGAGACGACGCUGUCGCUGGCUGCGGCUAUGAGCGUACAGUCGGUGUUCACCAACAGGGCUGAGCGAGACCCUGACUGUGCGGCGGCUGUACAGGAGCUACUGUCUCUCCAGGGAGACCCUUUUACGCUACUGAACGCGUACAGGGGCUGGCUGGAGCAGAAGUGGAGCAGAGGAGGAGACUCCAGGCGCUGGUGCAGGACGAGGGGCCUGGAGGAGCAACGUUUCUACGAGCUCUCCAAACUGCGGCACCAGUUCACCCGUCUGCUCCAGGAAAGCAAGCUGCACGAGUCGCCGUCUGUAGGCCGCUGUAGCACAGCAGCUGAACGCAGCCGUAGACACGGUGAGCUACAGCAGCUACGCGCCCUUAAGAACAAAGUAGAUCUACAGUCUACCCGUCAAGUGAAGGUCCUGAAGGUAGAUAACGACGGGGCUGCACUGUCUGACCCUGAAACUGACGCUGUCGACGUCAAACAUGUCGACUUCAACCUGAAACAUGACCCGAAACAGCUCGAGUUGCUCUUGAAAAACGCCGACGUGCGUAGUUUCAAAGACGUGAUUAUGCUCAAGAUUAUCCUAAGCAGCGCGCUGUACCCCAACGUUGCUAUUGCUGAUGAACAUAACACGUAUAAAGCGAACAGUGAACAAAUGUUCCAUACACCGAAUAAACCUUUCGCUACCCUACACCCUACAAGUGUGUUCGCUAAACAUCCUGAUGUUCUCGCCGUGGUUGACUCCGACAUCGUUGAACUACCCGAGUUCAACUCUAGGUCCCCGGCUGCGACCAGACAACAAGUUCUUAUUUACGUGUCACUGUUGGAGACCAAUAAAGUGUUCCUCAUGAACACAUUCCGUGCACCUACUGUACAAACCCUGAUGAUGUUUGCCAAUAACAUCGACACUAAUGCAGACUUAUCAGUUAUGGUGUUUGAUAAGUUCAUUGAACUGCGAUUCCCUGAAGCGUCCGUAGCACAAAACUUGGUGAUACAAGCAGUCAAGUUGCGCACUCAAUGGAAUGAGUUACUAGAACUUAAACUUCAACUUAGCAAACCUGAUGCAGACGAGCUAGAACUUUUAACGUCAUCAGGUAAGCUUGAGCGAGUUCUCUCUCAUGGUCUCAUUGAGUUCUACUUAGAAGAACCUCUACAUUCACAACGUCGACUUGUGGCCGCAGACGUUAAAGUUCUUCAUAAAGGACCUGGCAUGGAGGACGCGGUCUUGGAUCCUAACCCAUUCACAGGACUCAGCUGUACUCAACAUGAGAGUACUGGUGGCAUGGUUCUCACUGAGUACCUCACGUACAACAGUCUUCUGGACACUCGCUGUACAGUCACGACUCUAACUGACGUACAUUCUUUGUGCCCUGAAUGUCAACAAGAACUGUACUGCACGACUCUAGGUCGCAUGAAUCAUAUAGUGAACUGUCAACCUACUGUCAACAAACGGCCUGGCGUUGACGAAGAUGGUGACAGUGCAGCAUCUGGCAACUCCAACGCUAAGAAGUUUUAUUGUGAACAUUGUGAACAAACUUUGUGGCUCACCAUCAGGCAGAUAUUCGCUCACAAGCAAUCACAUUCAUGAGUGAUUCUCUAACACAUUCUUUAAAUUUACUAUCUCGACUUUAUACUUUGAUUGGCAGCAUUUAUUGAUUAUAUUGAUCAGCAAUUAUUGAUUAUAUUGAUUGGUAAUUAUUGAUUAUAUUGAUGAGCAAUAAUUGUAUUGCCCAUAAAAAAAGGAUUCACGUGAUUUAAUGAUUAACCACAAACUGCCAUGAAAAAACGAUAACAUUUAAUAAUAAUUAUUGAUUGUUUUUAUCAGCAAUUAUGUAUUGCAUUAAAAAAUGAUUCACGGAAUUUAAUGAUUAACAACAAACUGCCAUGGAAAAACGAUAACAUUUAUUUAUGAUUAUUAUCAUUAUUUUUUGAACCGUACCAUCUGACAACGUCUUGAUUUACAAAGGAAAUUAGUUUGUAAGUUAGUCUCUUAACUCGGAAUACAUUUUAUAAAAUC